AUGAGAAAUUCGGAGGAAUCUUCAUCCACCCAACCCGCUCCUGGUUCUGAACCAGGGGCCGGUACUGCCCAAACAUCGGGGGAUUUCAAACCCCAUGGGAGAGUCGAUGCGAAGAUUGUGUGUGAUGCCACUUUAGUGCAAUACGCAGCAUACCUCUUGUUCCUCCGUCUUGAUUUUCGGGAUGGGGGAACUGGUAUCAUUCGAUUCCGAUCAUUCGGGUGGGGAUGGCGCUUCACCUUUUUUUCCCUUCAGGUCAGUGUGUUCUCUCUUCUUUUCCGUCCCCGGGUACGUGACUGGGGCGGUUCUGGAAAGAUCUGCCUUUUCUGGUAA